AUAUUGUAAAUGUUUACACUUAGUUGUUCUGAUUCUGACUUCUGAGUUUCUGACGUACUGACGACUGAGUUCAACUGACCGUUCAAUCUUCUUUUUAAGGUUUAUUCUGUAAUCUGUUUCAGUUGUGUUUUAAUUGUUAGUGUUGUUUCAGUAAAUAAACCUUUUUUAAUAUUUUAAAGAUGUCUGAAAACCAAUCAAAAAUUAAGAGACAAAGGGGUAAGAACUUCAGUGAUCGGGAAAAAGAUUUAUUAAUUGAUUUAAUACUUCCCUUUAAAUCAAUUAUUGAAAAUAUUAAAACUGAUGCGGUUUGGAAUACCAAAAAGACUGAGGCAUGGUCUGAAAUAACCAGCCUCUGUAACCUUCGACAAACAUCUGGUAUUCGAAUAGAUGCUCAAUUAAAAAAUCUCUAUGACACUCUUAAAAGAGAUGCUAGAAAAGAAAAAAGUAACGAUAAGGUUCAAAUGUAUAAGACAGGCGGUGGACCAAAUAAUAGCCUUCUAUCAAAGAACACAGAAAAAAUUAUUGGGUUACUAGGUGACCAAAUGGAUCCAUUAUUUAAUUCUAUUGACUCUGAUGCUAAUUACAAUGAUGCAAGAUUUGAAGUUGUUGAUAUAUUUUCUGAGGACAUUAGCAACCUUCAAGAUUCGACUUCCAUGGACCAUUUAGGCUGCUUCUAA